UGAUUCACGGUUGACGAAACUCCGCAUUCCGACCGUCCAGCAACAUCGCAGCCUGACUUGUAGAUUUCUCCUACCGUAGGAGUCUGAAGCUCGACGGUUCUUCCCAUAUCGCCAUGCCAGCAAAGCGCAAGAUCGAUACUUUCGACCCCAACAAGUCGGAUUCCAACGACACAGACUUCGACCCCACAGAAGCGAGAGCAUCGGCCAAGAAAUCUCGAAAGUCGUCUUCGAAAAGGAGUUCAGGCGGGCGGAAGACAAAAAGGGCGAGAUACAGGGGCUCAGACGUCGAGGAUGAUGUUGAGGACAGCUUGUUAGAAGAUUCAUUUUCCGACGAGCCAGAGGAGGACGAGGAGGUUGAAAUGAACGAAAAGACUGGAAGAGCGAUCCGGAAGGCGGCAAAGAAAGCGAUCAACUACGAGGAGGAGUCUGAUGCGAGCGAUAUUGCUGAGGUUGUUGGAGAUAUCGACGAAAGCGACCUUGACGAACCUGCCCCUAAAAGGCGGCGCCAGGGCAAACAAUCGAGGGCGACUCCCGAAGAAGCUGAUGACGACUCUGACGUGAAGCCUAAGCGAUCGAAAAUCGUGAAAUUGAAGGUCAAUACUCCACAAACGACACGGACAACCAGAGGAGCCAGUGCGCGACUGCGAGGAAGCACAGAACCGACAUCUGCUGGGCUUCCCGGCAGAAGAACCACGAGAGCGCAUACUGAGGAAGGGGACGAGCCGGUUGCUUUGUCGAACUCAGGGCACCAUAUCAUACGCCCUGGCCAUAGUCCAGAACCAAUUGGGCGGGCAAGAUCGACCAGAGGAUCAAAGGGAAUGAAACAGCCAGCUUCUACAAUCAAAGAGGAAAUCCACGAAUCUAGCUCCAACGAACAACACGGCGAAGAUACUACGAUGGCGACGGAGAUUGCUGAAACGGAUGACCAAGACGAGGCAAUUGAAGGAUCAGACCCCCCAGCUGCCGAAGACGACGUUAACAUGGCGGACGAGCUUGCAGAUCCUGAUGAGGGCGGUGUCCAACCAGCGGUGAUAGAUGAUGACGACGAUGACGAUGACAUACCUGUGGCACGGACCGGACGCACACGAGGUUCGAGAGCCGGCCUUCCCGCCCCAGAAGAAGAGGAUAUUGCAGAGGCAGCAACAACAAGCGGGUCUAGACGUUUGACUCGAGGAUCAAAGUCCAAACAGCAAAAGAGCGGUGCCGAGGCAAGCAGCGACUUUGAACCUCCCGAGGAAGGCUCUGAAGAAGAGAUCUCCGCAUCCGAUGCAGAACCUAAGAAAGGGAAUAAAGAUGAUGAAUCAGAGUCAAGCCAUGCUCGCAGAGGACGACGCGGAAAACAAGUUAAAUCGAAAAGCAGUUCUCGAAGGCGGGGUAGCCCAGAUUCAGCGGACGAAGAGCUUGACAAAGACGAAAUGGCGGAGGAAUUGGAAGAGCUCGCAGCUGGUAACCGCAAACGCCGUCGAGAAAGAGACAAUUCGGCAAUUGUCUACGAACAACGACGUGGUCGGGACCGCAAGAAGGUUGACUAUAGUAUCAAGCCAAUGGACCAAAUAUAUGCUCAGGAUGAAGAUGCAGAAGAUGCCGCGCCGACACCCACUAAAAGGGCCAGAGGAGGUCGUAGCGGAGCAAAUCAAGCUUGGGAGCGAAACCUGUACACAGCCUAUGGGCCAUUUGGAGGAGGCGGAGGCCCUGCUGCAGUCAUUGGUGGGCCAUGGGGGACAGGCGCUGCUGGUGGAGUUGAUUCGGACAGCAGCGAUGAUGAAACAAUGCAACGUCCGUCAGGUGUUGGUGGAAAUGUUGGCAUGACCCCGACUUCCGGCUUCCCAUCAGGGCUCUUACCUGGUCUUGGGCAAACGCACAAUACAGACGCCGUAGCAGCCCUUUCUGGAACCCCAGCAAAUCUUGGAAAGGUCAAGAGCCAAAAAUCCUUAGCUGAUGCUGACCCCCUUGGUGUUGAUCAAAGUAUCGAUUUCAGCAAGAUUGGUGGCUUGGAAGGUCACAUUGAUCAACUCAAAGAGAUGGUUCAAAUGCCUCUGCUUUAUCCUGAGCUCUUCCUCAAAUUCCACGUUACUCCACCCCGUGGUGUCCUGUUUCACGGGCCUCCAGGGACAGGUAAAACCCUCCUUGCGAGAGCUCUUGCUGCUAGUGUUGGGUCCGGGGGAAGAAAGAUCACGUUCUAUAUGCGUAAGGGUGCGGAUGCUCUGAGCAAGUGGGUUGGUGAAGCUGAGAGACAGCUGAGACUGCUUUUCGAGGAAGCAAGAAAAACACAGCCCAGCAUCAUCUUCUUCGAUGAAAUUGAUGGUCUUGCACCUGUUCGCUCCAGCAAACAAGAGCAAAUCCAUGCUUCUAUUGUAUCUACUCUCCUGGCGCUGAUGGAUGGCAUGGAUGGUAGAGGACAAGUCAUUGUUAUUGGCGCCACAAACAGACCCGACAACAUCGACCCCGCUUUGAGACGACCAGGUCGCUUUGACAGAGAGUUCUACUUCCCACUUCCAGAUCUGGAGGGUCGCAAGUCUAUUCUCAAUAUCCACACCAAAGAUUGGGGUAUUGAUGAUGCCUUCAAGAACUCACUCGCCCACGUCACCAAAGGUUAUGGAGGUGCUGACCUUCGUGCUCUCUGCACGGAAGCGGCUUUGAAUGCUAUUCAACGGACUUACCCGCAAAUAUACUCGUCAAAUGACAAGCUCAAAAUCGAUGCCGACAAGAUCAAGAUUACGGCCAAGGAUUUCAUGCUCUCUGUCAAGAAAAUGAUUCCCUCAUCUGAGCGAUCAACGUCAUCUGGCGCUGCCCCUCUUCCCAAGGCUGUUGAACCUUUGUUACGAGAUCAACUUAAGCAGAUCGAAGCUGUACUGGACGGCUUGAUCCCCAUCAAGAAGAAGACAACAGCUCUUCAAGAGGCAAUGUAUGAACAAUACGAAGACGACGAUCACGGAUUUGGACGCGAGACCCUCCAGCAAGAAUUCGAAAAGUCCCGCGUAUUCCGCCCAAGAUUGCUCAUUGGCGGGGAGCCUGGCAUGGGCCAAUCAUAUCUCGGUGGAGCGAUAUUAAACCAUUUCGAAGGCCUUCAUGUUCAAAGCUUUGAUUUGCCUACCAUCUUCAGUGAUUCGGCAAGAUCGGCGGAAACUGCCAUUGUGCAAAUGUUCGCAGAGGUGAAACGCCACAAACCGAGUGUCAUCUAUAUCCCAGGUAUCGAGACUUGGUAUCACACUCUCAGUGAAGCUGUGAUCACUACCUUCCUCGGUCUACUGCGCGCGAUCCCUCCUACAGAUCCUGUUCUGGUGCUUGGCAUCAUGGACUCACCUACUGAUAAAGUGAACCCCGAGAUGCUUCGGGAUCUGUUUGGAUUUUCGAAGAACAAUCGUUUCAUGAUUGAGCGCCCGUCGAAACAACAUCGUCAAGAAUUCUUUUCCACGAUCAUAGAAUAUGUGAAGAAAGCUCCAAAGGACUUCCCCGAGCCGAUGAAUCGUAAGAAGAGGAAGCUUGACGUCCUUGAGAUUGCACCUCCGCCGCCUCCUAAGCCCCCGACGAAGGAAGAAAUCAAAGCACAGAAGAAGAGAGACCACCAGCUGUUAAACAUGCUAAAGGUUUCAAUCCAGCCAAUCAUGGAUCAGAUUCAGCGGAAAUACAAGAAGUUCCGAACUCCAGUCAUCCCGCAGAGUCAGAUACAGUAUUUGUUUGACGAGCUUGAUCCCAACUUUGUUCGUCCAGACAUCCCUCAAUUCCGUCCUUUUGAAUUAUGUAAAGACAAGGAUGGUAUUCAAGGACUUCGCGAGACUGCCAGCGGCAAAUUCUUCUAUAACCUGGAGACUACUACCAUCGAGGAACGUCUGUCAAACGGAUUCUACGCUCGCCCAAAAGACUUCGUUGCGGAUAUUCGAUCACUCGCAAAGGAUUCUAAGCAUAUUGGUGACAAGGAGAGAACACUGAAAGCGAACGAACUUCUCGCUAAUGUCGAAGUCGACCUUGGUGCCAUUGAAGCCAACCCAAUCUAUGCCGAUUGUGAAAACGUAUAUCGUAGACAGCUCCAGAGGGCUAAGGAGAAGGAGGAGAAAGCCAAGAAGCGUGCCGCAGAUGUUGCAGUGUUUGACUCGAUCGUGAGGUCGGAUCUACCCGAAGGUGAUUUGAAUUCAGUCCACUCCCAGCAGCAUUCUUCAGGGCCAAGGUUGGAUUUGAACUCCAUCAACUCCCAGCAGACAACCCAGCACACAACCCAGGGGACAACCGAGCAGACAUCUUCAGGGCCCCUCACUCUUGGCGAGCCAAUUCCUGAUAGAAUGCAGCCGAUUUUGACGGCUCCUUUCGCACCUCUUCGUGCCUCCAGUGGCUUGUCAAAUGGCUAUUCCGCCGACAACGAACAUCCCCAUUCUCAUAAUGGGAACUCUGUGCCUUCACGAAGUGGUGAUGAUGUUCAAAUGGGUGGAACAGAUGAGUCUCAGUCGCAAGGAAUGCAGCCUCCUCAACAUCUUAGCAUGGCGAGUGGACCUUCGAAGCCGAACACACAAAUUUCGCAGAUAUCAGCUUUCCAGGAAAUUUCUCAUGAUACAUCUCCGAGGGAUUUACUCAAUGAUGCUUCGACGACUACCUCGGGGAAGAAGACUUCAGAUGGCUGGAGUACCCAAGCCACGAACGGCGUCAGCAAUCAAAACUCGUCAAGCCCUACAGAUAGACCUGCCCAUGACUUGGAACUGCCAGAUACACAAAGGAAUACGCAGACGGACACGAGCAGCGAAGAGUGGGCCCAUUCACAAGCCCAUGGCUUGGCACGAGGGAACUUGCGUCAAAGUUAUCCCUCGCAGACACCAAGCUCCGGGAGUCAGCCAUCUCAAAAUCCGGCAGUGCCGUCCUUCAGCGCACCGCCUCGCAUGCCAGCACCAAAGUCUCGCCCUGCAGGCCUUGCCAACCUAUUGAACGACUCUCCGGUUGAGCCCACGUCCUCUCAAGCCUCAUCUCAGAAAGAGCUGAUCGUUGAUGACUACUUUGUGGACGAUUUGCUUAAACGGCUUGUGGAGGGAUCAAGUGGCUGCUCAAUUGAGCAACUGGAGCAGAUCAAUCGGGAGCUGAUGGAGACGCUUUGGAGGUUGAGAGGGGAGUAUAACCGCAACUUGGUUGCGAAUUCGUUGAUCGGUGUUUUCAACGAGACGAUUGCCGAUAUCGAGGAGAUGCAGAGGGUUCUGCAGGCCAGCCAGCCCUAGCCGACUCUCGGAAGGUGGUUGUUGUC